AUGUCACGUAAUUCUGCAGCGGGUUUGGAGAACACUCUUUUCCAACUAAAGUUUACCUCGAAACAACUUCAAAAGCAAGCAAAUAAAGCCUCAAAGGAGGAAAAACAAGAAACCAACAAGCUCAAGCGUGCUCUCAAUGAAAAUGAAGAGAUAUCUCGUAUAUAUGCAUCCAACGCCAUAAGAAAGAAAAAUGAACGACUACAACUACUGAAGUUGGCAUCCAGAGUGGAUUCAGUCGCGUCAAGAGUGCAGACUGCUGUCACAAUGAGGCAGGUGUCCACGUCCAUGGGACAAGUUUGCAAGGGCAUGGAUAGGGCGUUGCAAAAUAUGAAUCUGCAACAAAUAACCAUGAUAAUGGAUAAGUUUGAACAGCAGUUCGAAGACUUGGAUACCAGUGUUAACGUAUAUGAAGAUAUGGGCGUGAAUUCGGACGCCAUGCUAGUGGAUAAUGACAAGGUAGAUGAACUUAUGAGCAAGGUGGCUGAUGAAAACGGCAUGGAAUUGAAGCAAAGUGCAAAAUUGGAUAAUGUUCCAGAAAUAAAAGCAAAUGAGGUUAGUGUUGACGACGAAAAGGAAGAUAAACUGGCACAAAGGCUGAGAGCGUUGAGAGGUUGA